UAACAAACCUCUAAACAUACGAUUAAAAAUGGAAGACACCGAAAGUACUGCAACGUCAAUUGACGAAAAUACUGAAAAUUCAUGUGAUAAUCCAAUACGGGAUACAUUAGCUGAAGGGUUGAUGGGUUUAUUGAAACCUACAAUUGUGCAGUUAAAUGAAAGGGCGAAUGCUGUUAGAAUAUCACAAUCAGAAUUAAAACAACAAAUCGAAACACUUCAAGAAGAAAUCAAGAAGAUAUCGGAAUUACAGCAAAGUGAUGUCGAUAUUGAUAGUUAUGUAAAAAAAUUAAUGACUGCAAAACAUAAAGUUGUUGCCGUUUCAACAGUUUUACAAAAUGCUCAAGAUCGUUUGAAUAAAAUCCAUAGUGGAAUUGAAAAAGAAACAAACAGACGUAAAGUUGUUUUGGAAAAAACGAAUACUACUCUACAAGAACCAUCUUCCUCUUCUAUUUCAUAA